AUGGCUGUAAAGUUGUCCGCAAAUGCGGCGAAUAAAACGCAACGCAAAUUAAAUAUAAGUGUCCACGAUCCGGCCAUCGCACUGGUGGUACUCAGGCAUUGGCUUCUUGCGGAUCAGACACAGGUGAACGGGUCUUACCGCCGCAAUAAUGGCAUGCCCAGCGCUCGGUUGCCCAAGUCGCUCCUUCCACUCCUCUACGAGGACCCGGUGGAGUUGGGAUUUCUGGUCCGCGAUUUCUCGAGUCUCAGGACUCCGAACCAACUCCCGCGCCUUCUUUCACCACUGAUACAGAGCUGCAAGGGCUCUCGCCUCCUGGUCCCACGGUGGAGUUCCGGCCAGGAGACUCGCCGCCUCAAAUCUACCCUCUACCCCCUUAUGACCCUGAUGGCCAGCACUUGCUGCGGUAGUCGCAGUAGUGUGACGUUGCUGGCCUUAAGGGCCCCCACCCAUACUGGGGCCACAUAA